AUGUCUGAAUUACAAAGCCUUAAGAAGGCAGAAUUGAGUGAAAUCUGUCAUCGUUUGGGAAUCCAUUCCUUGACUAAAGACACCAAAAAAGUUUUAGUUGAAAGAGUUACUGAAUUCAUAGCUUCUAACCCUGAUGAUGGGAUUGCUGCCGUACAGGCAGCUCUUGAUGCCGAGAUUGGUGACACGGAAACAUUGACAGAAGAAGUCGAGGCUGCUGUUGCCGCUGCUGCUGCAACCACCGAUGACGAAGAAGAAGAAGAAGAUGAUGAUGAAGAAGACGAUGAAGAAGAAGAUGAAGAAGAAGUUGAUGCAGAAGAUGCUGAUGAUGAAGAUAAGGACUAUAAUGCUCCACCUCCAGUUGAUCUUAAGGGUUGGGUUGUUGAUCCAGCAAUUGAAUACUUUGAAACUGCCUACUCCAAGGUACUUGACUUUACCGAUAAAGUUGGUAUCACCACUCUUGAUUUGAAUGGUGAAUUGAGAGAAAACUUGUCAAGAUCAGUUACAUUGAACUAUUUCGAAUUGGCUCUUGAAUUCUCUUUCUUCUUGUACACUUUUGUACCAUUUGUUGCUAUUAAGGACAAUGACAGUAUUCAUCAAUUUUUUAAGGAUAACAUUAGUUUUGUUGGAUCUUCCGAUAUUGCUAUUCCAGACUUUACUGCCUUGAUUGGUUAUGCUCCAAUUUCUACUUUUAUUAGUUGGGUUUUCAUUUCGGUUGUUUUCCCAUUGAUUGUUUCUUAUUACGUUAACUUUACCAGAAGACUUAUUACUUUUGAUGAUGAAACUGAAUUAUUCGGUAGAAUUUACCAAUAUGAUCCAUUUACCUUUGCCUUGAGUAAGACUUUACUCUUUUACUUCUUGGGAGUCCCAGUUCAUCACGACUUCAUUAGAGAAGGUGGCUUGAUCAGUGCCCUCAAGAACCACUUCAUCAUUCAACUUGACUUUUACCAAAAGUUUGCUCAAAUCUUGGGUGGUUUCCCAUUGAUUAUUGGAUUUUCCAACGUUUUAGUUGCUAUUUAUUCUCAAUUUGAAGAAUAUUAA